AUGCACGGGAACCUGCCGGGGCUGCGGACGAGCUCCCCCGCCGUGCCAGGGAGCCCGUCGGCCGGUGCUCGCGCCAGCGGCAUGAAGGGCGGCCGCUUCGACAUCGAGGACGAGGACCUCGACGAGCUGGCCGAGAGCCUGCCCUCCUCGUCGCCCUACUUCACCCAGCCCACGCAGAUCGUCGGGCGGACGACGACGACACAGCCCACUCAGAUCAUCAACAGAACAACCCAGCCCACCCAGAUCGUGAACAGGACCACUCAGCCCACCCAGAUCAUAAACAGAACCACCCAGCCGACUCAGAUCAUGAACAGGGCUACCCAGCCAACCCAGAUCGUCGAGAAGCGGACUACCCUGCAAAGGUCGUCGCCUCCCGUCCCCGAUACCCCUGGCAGCGUCGUCGAGGUUCCGGCCUCCUCCCCUUUCCAGAGCCAUUCACAGCAGAGGCGGCCGGCUGUGAGAACAGAGGCCAAUGGCGUCCGGACAGGGCCCAAUGGUGGCCGCUUGGCCUCCUUGAUGGCACCCGCUGGCACUGCUUUUCGGUCUCCCGUUGCUCCCGUGUUGGCUCGCCGGCCUCAGCCCGCCAUACAGAGCAGAUUUCUCAGCGCGUCCAACUCCAACUCCGGAUCCGACGACGACGAUCUCACCAACGACUAUAGGCGUCGUGAUAGCUCAGAUGAGGACGAGCCGCCCAUGAGGGGCGAAAUACGGCCGUCGUCCUUUGUCAAGCAACCAGUGGCAGUCUCGAAGCCCAAGGUCGAGGCUGAGGACAAAGAAUUGACCCUCAAUGGCAUACAUGAUAUGAGGUUGCGCUACUUGACAAAGCAGACCCAGAAGACGGUCGCUAAGCUGAAGCCGGACGUCACCAUUCGCCAGUGUAGAGAUGCACUGCAGAAGAAUGGCCUGAGCGUCGACGAUGCCAUUCACUCCCUCAUCGGCCAACCUCGCAAGAACAAUCCAGCAGGCCCUGCCCAUGGCUCUGACUCUUCUUCGAACAAUCACAAAUCCUUGUCCACCAAGACAAUCGGUUCCCACCAACCAAAAUUACUCAAUCAAACAAAACUCCCCAUGCCACAGAAAUCUCGCGAUGCUUCAAGCUCGCCGCCACCUUCACCCGAACCAGCCAAGAACGCAGCACCGCGCAGACGCCUGAUUCAGGGUCGUCGCAAACGCACACCCUCUCCGGAGAAAGUAUUUUCUGUUCCUUCAUCACACACAACUUCUUCCGCUGCCACAACACCCACGAGUUCGGCGUCUGAGCCUGAUCCCAAGAUGGCUAUCGCUGCGGUCCUUCCGGCCGAAUCGCAGUCCCAGGAUGUCGCCCCGCGUCGUCGCCUGCAGGCCGGCUCACUCAAACGUCCCAAUUCCGAGACUGAGAUAAUGGUAAUUGACUCUGACUCGGAUAAAUCCGACGGUGGGUUUCCUGAUCUCGUCCAGCUGGCGAUGAAACGCAAGGUUCCCGCCGCUGCUCCUUCACCUCAGCCCAAAAAGCGCAGUCGGCUCAUCAACCGCGGGGCCAAGAUUCAACAAGAAGAAGCUGCAAAGAAGGCAGCUGCCGUGGAAGCCCAAUCUUUCAUCAACAUCGACGAUUCUGACGAUUCCGCCAGCGGCGCUGCGGCUCACAUACCUCGGACGGAGCAUGACAGCGUGCUGAAGUACUUGAAUCAAUGCUCUGCCGAAGAGCUUGCGCGCAUGACGGGAAAUUCGCUCAAAGACGCCCAGGUGGUCGUUUCCAAGAAGCCCUUCAAGUCACUCACAGAGGUCGAGAAAAUCAAGCUGAAGGGCACCAAGAAGUCCAAAAAGGACGACCUGGGCCUGAACAUUGUCGACAAGCUCGACACUUGGUUCAAAGCGUUUGAUUCAGUUACAAGUAUCAUCAGCGAGUGCGAUGCGAGGGGUCGGAAACUGCAGUCCAUCAUGGAUACCUGGGAGAUGGAUCGAAACGGAAUACUCAAAGAUUCAGAUAAGACUCAUGAGCUUUACAACAAGCUACCCAUUUCGAAACGCCCAGCACCUAUGGCGGAUGAUGUUCAGCUCAAGUCAUACCAGCUUUUUGGACUGAACUGGAUGAAUCUUCUUCACAAGGUUGGAUACAGCGGUAUCCUUGCAGACGACAUGGGACUUGGAAAAACCUGCCAGGUUAUCUCCUUCAUCUCACAUCUUGUUCAGACCCGUCCAAAUGCGAAGCCGAAUGUCGUCGUAGUCCCCCCUAGUACUUUCGAGAACUGGGUUAACGAGUUCGAGCGAUUUGCGCCGGAUAUCGACGUCUUUAUGUAUUCAGGCAAGUACUUUUGCACCGAUCGAAGGGAUUUAUCGCCCCGGGACGCCCAAAAGCACGACGUUGUUCUGACCUCUUACUCCAUGGUUGAACGGUCCUUUGAGGAUAUCCAGUGGCUGGCCAAGCUGGAGCCGUACGCUGCGAUCUAUGAUGAGGGUCACAAGCUGAAGAAUCCGGGCACCAUGGUCUACAAGAAUCUUUCACAGCUCCCAUCUGAGUGGCGUCUAGUUCUGACUGGUACCCCGGUUCAGAACAACCUGAAAGAGCUGCUCAGCUUAUUGAGCUUCGUGGAGCCGACCCUCUUUGAAGGCAACAUUAUGCAGGACAUGCACACCAUUUUCGAGGCAAAGGUUCCAAACAAGGAUGUCUUGAACUUUGCUGCUCUUGCGAAGGAGCGUGUUACCAACGCACGCACGAUCAUGGUCCCGUUCAUUCUUCAGCGUCAGAAAGACGAAGUACUGGAUCUCCCGAAGAAGAUCGAUACACUGAUCCAGGUUCCUAUGGACGACAAUCAGAGGACACUGUACGAGGGCAUCAAGACCAGUUUCCUGCAGAAGAGCAAAGGCAAGGCAAAUGCUUCCAAAGACAAGGGCAAUGCGUGGCAGCAACUUCGCAAGGCCGCCAUUCACCCACACCUGUUCCGGCGCCACUUCACGGACAGUACUAUUGAUAAGAUGGUAGACAUCCUCUGGGCUAAGUGCUCCCCAGAAGAGCUCUAUGUGCAGAGCAAGGAGGAUCGCCACAGAAUCAAAUACCGCGACCAGCUGCGGUCCGAAUCAGACUUCGACUUGCACUUGCUCUGCAAACAACUCCCGAGAUACAUCGGGAAAUUCGAUCUUCCCCAUCGUUCUUGGGAGAAGGCUCCCAAAGUCCAGAAGCUUCUUGAGCUUGUCAAGGGCUACCAGGAGAACGGAGAUCGCUGCCUGGUGUUCUCCCGAUACGACAUGGUCAUGGACGUCCUUCGAGACACCUUGCACUUCGCGGACAUCAACUACUGCGACCUUUCCGGAAGGUUAAGCGUUGCUGACAGAUUCCCGGAGAUCGAGAGAUUCAAUGACAACCCUGAGAUCCCCGUCUUUCUGCUUACUACGGGAGCUGGCGGCACCGGGCUAAACCUCACUGCCGCGAACAAGAUCAUCAUCUUCGAUCAAUCGGACAACCCCCAAGACGACGUCCAAGCCUCGAACCGAGCCCAUCGUAUUGGCCAAACUCGAGAGGUCGAAGUCAUUCGUCUGAUCACCGAGAACACGGUUGAAGGGCUGAUUUACAACUCUUGCGUCAAGAAGCUGAUGCUGGCCGCCUCUGUUGAAGGCCGCGUCGAGGACGAGGAGUCCGUGGAGGAGGAGUGCCGGAGACGUAUGCUCCUCGGCGAAGACGAGGACAUCAACGUCGUGUCCAUUGCCCCUUCUCAGAUGGCUCUCAACUGA